AUGCGCCUCGAGGCCCAGAAGAUGGCGUACAACGCCGUCGCUCAGGUCGACCAUGAGGUCGCGUCCGACUCAGACUCAGACGAUUUGACACCCGCUGCCCACAGGGCCUUCCAAUCCCUUCGCGAUCACGGCCACCUUGGCGGAGCCCCUCAUCUCGAACCUGCUCCAGAAGAACCUCGCGGUCUGGCCCAGUUGAGUUCCAUCAUCAGCUCGAUGACUGCCCCCGGCUACGAGAUAGUCGAGGCCGAUGACUAUGCUGCGGAUCCUUCCCCCGAUGAUCCCCACCAGGUCCCUCCGCUAAACACUACUGUCGCGCGACAUUCCUCCCCAGGGACCCCCUUGCGCAGCGCCUCCAGUAACGUAUCCAUUCCACUCAGUCACCCUACGCCCGACCUCCAAUCGCUCCAGGGCGCCUACAUCGGAAACGUAGAGCGCUUAGAACUGAGUGCUGAACGCCUCAGCUCCAGCACUGCAGACAUUGGCAGCGAGAUUCGCAAGAUGGAUCAAGAACAGAAAAGACAGUCCUGCAGCUCAGCCUCUAAUUCCGUCGUUAUGCGGAAUGGAGCAUUCUCCCCUAUUACCUUACCUUCUCCUCAUGGAUCGACCCGAUCCACGCGCCAGCGAUCUGUAUCCGGGGCGUCUCGCCUGGCCCAGGUCACCGAACCCGCUCACGACGAAGAUGGCCAGCUUGACGGUCCACAUUCCUCUCCUUCGAACUUUCCGGUCACAUCCCCGCGACUCCCAAGUUAUGCCAACCCCGUCGAACGGUAUUACGGUCAGCACGAUGCACAAGUCUUUCCGGAGGAGAUCGAACGCCCACCAACGGCUGCGUCAGGAGAUACAUAUCACCAGGCACGAACGUUGUUUACCGAUUUCGACGGCGUACAUUACGCACCGUCAGAUCGGAUGAGCUCCGGACGCCAAGUGUCCAUCAAUCGGCCACCGCUCGCCCGCAAUCAAGAAUCACAUAAAGAGCCUCAGGCAGGGGAGAACAUGGUGUACUAUCCCGCACCAAUCCCUCGCAUUCUGAACCUACCACCUAAGCUGUCUCGCAAGCCACCCGUCGCAGACCGCGAAAAGCGUCGAACCCAAAUAUUGAAUGACAUCGCGGCCGAAGACCGGAAAGCUGCAUCUGGAAGGGCCGAAUCGGGGCAGGACGUCGUGGGCGACGCCUCUAAAGAGAAGCGCAAGUCAGCCCUUCCACCUCAACUGCGGGCAAGUGUGUUCUUUGAACCACCUAGCCAGACUAUUGAGUUGGACAGGAAAGGGGAGUCGGCCGUCGCAACUCUCGAUGAUAUCCUCGAUGCCUCGGCGAAUGCACCGGUGUCAGCUUUCACAGAUCAUCCUUAUGCGGGCCAUGUUGGCUCGUAUAUUUACGCACAGGAAAAGACCCUUACCAAGCAAAAACAGAAAUCCCGUCCCCUGAGGCGAGAACACAGUUCAGAAUCGAGCGACGACAGCUCCGUCUCCUCCCAGGACGAGUGGACACACGCUCGAGGUGAGCAUGAUACCGAGAACUCUGGGUCCGAGGCCGAGGGCGAUGAGUAUGCUCCUGGAGGAGACGCUGGACUUGAUUAUGUUGGGCCACCAAAUACCCUCCUCGCGGAGCUAGAGAUGCGCAAGCAGGAACUCAAAAUGCGUCGCCGCACUGCGCUGCCAACAGUUGGGCACGUUGGUCAGAAUGGGGGCCCUACAACGCUUCUAGAAAUGGAUACCAUCGCUCAGAAACAGAGUGAGAAGAGGCGACGACGUCCUGUCACCCUAGCUUGGGAUGGUCGCGACGCUCCAGAAGAUGACGAUGUUCCUCUGGCCCUGCUUUAUCCCGAGAAAUCGGCGACAGAAGAAGAAGGCGACAACCCCCAAGGUCUAAUAGGGCGACAACAGUUCGAAGAUAAUGAGCCUCUCAGUACACGCCGGGCUAGGUUACGAGGAGAGCCUAUUCCGCAGAAGCGCCCAGUCACCAUGUAUUCCACUAGACCUCCACCUCUUCCUCAAUCCAAGGGUGUAGAGGAAGAUGAAGAUGAAGUAGAAACUCUAGCCGAAAGGCUGAAGCGCAUGAAGGGGCAGGAUCCCACUGAAAGCGACUUUUCUCAUGACCUAUUAGCGGAAUUCGAUACUCGCUUCAAAGAGCCCUCUCCAGAGCCAGCUCCUGUCGCACCGCAGGAGGAGACACUUGCGCAGCGCCGCAGUCGUCUCCAAAAGGAGGGCGCCCAACCAAAUGCUGCAAAGAACCCUCGAAUGCGCAAUAGCAUGGCGACCCUCCCACAAAUGCGACAAUCAAUGCAUCUCCCCCGCAAGCCCUCGCAAGACCUCCUACGCCCACAGACAAUGCAGACAAUGCAGACGAUGCAGACGACGCAGUACGGGAACCAGCUCAACCAUAGAAUGUCUAUGCAGCGGCUCCCUACUCACAUGGGCUACCAAAUGCAACAACAGUACCCAAUGGCCCAGCAAAUGCAAUACGGCUACGGAAUGGGCUAUUCCCCGGCAAAAGUGAACCCCGGUAUGUAUGGCUACAAUAGUACCAUGCUGGCUAUGCAUAAUAUGGGCUACCCUUCCCCCAGUGCUUGCGCUCCGCCUACGAUAAGGCAGCCUGAUCCUGCCCAGCGUGAUGUGAUUGACCGCUGGCGGCAGAGUAUUCGCUAG